UUUUGGUAUCCUAGAAGUAUACAGCUAUUCUAAGCCAGCCCAGAAUUCACAUAUCUUCAGCUAUUUACCGCUUGAGACGCUAGCAAAAAGUCGUGAUAACACUAGCGCCCACAAAUCCAAAACCUCUACAUUCCACACCAAGGACGAGCCCUACAUCUCGUACCCCCACAUUGCAGAUGCCUCCCCGCAAAAGAAGUUUGUCGCUAAUUCUGCUGCCAGAUGUCGGACGUAACCUUGUGAAGCCGUUGCCCGCCGGAUUUGACCCUCACCGCAACCCGUAUCUUCCUCCCGCGCCAUCCCCCAACGUUUCCCCGAGAAAGCCCAAGGUAGACAGAGACUUGCUGUUUUCCAGCAGAUUGUCUACAGAUGUAAACUUAGAGGCUGCAGAUACCUCCACACUCCCUCUGGAAGGAAGAAGGGCCAGUACGGGUGCCAUUAGCACUAAGGGCAGCGGUGAGAGCAACGGAAACAUUCAGGCGACUCCGGCAUCAGACCCCCAGGGGACUGGCCCUACGGCGGAUUCCGCAGCGACCGCUGCUAAAACCGACCCAACAACAGGGGCUCCUAGCUAUAGCAAUCCCCUCGACUCUCUUGCCAACAUUGCCAUCGAACGCAAUCUCAUGCAGCAGCAGUAUGGCUCAGAGAAGCUCUUUGCGCCACCCAAUUUCUGGGACAUGACGCGCAAGGAAACGGCAGCGUUCCAGGCGAACACUCCGAAGCCCACGAUCCGGUUCGUGAAGGAUCUCGACCGCAAGCGGUUGUCUGAGGAGACGGAAGAGCCCAAACGUGCAGAAGAGCCGCCGCGGAAAGUGCUUCAGCGGCACUAUAAAUGGACGCCAGAGGAUGACUCGUCGAUUAUCUACUACAAAGAGGUGCUCAAUUACUCGUGGAAGGACAUAUCGCGCAUCAUUGCGUCGCGUCACACAUGGCAGGCCAUUCAGAUGCGCUACCUCCGCUGCUUAAAGGACCGCAAUGCCAGUUGGUCGGCCGAGGAAGAGACGCGGUUGAUGUUGGCGUUAGAGCAGGACUGGGAUGCCCGUUGGAAGCGUGUCAGUGUGGCCUUGGGCCCGGCCUUCACCGUAGAACGGUGUCUCUCCAAGGCCAAGCAAUUGAGUCUGUUGAUCAAGCCGGAGGAUGGGCAGGUAGAGAAACCCGAGGAGCAGAUCAAAACGCUUGUGGCCUCGCUCAGCUAUACGGAGCGCGCGUUAUUAUGCCAGUACCUUGCGAAUGUCGAGGAGCGAGAUGAGGAUGGGGUAGAGGAGGAGGGAGAGGAAGGAGAAAGGGGAAAGUCAUAAAGAGUGGCAUUAAGAUGAUAAUUUAAGGGAAAAAGUGUAUAUCCCCCUUUAAAGCAAGAGAUAUACAAGCGGGAAACAGUGAUAAAACCCCAACAAAGGCGUUCAAACCAUAAAAACCGUUCUACUGCAAAAUGAAAGGGAAAUACGAAUCAAUUCUAUACAAUUCUCAGUGGUUGGACACUCUAUCGAGGUUGUGUAUUUCCAUUUCAGCAUUGUCUUAGGGUGUAGAAGCACCUUUAGCUUCUCUCACUUGUCACACCCAUAGACUGGGUUAAUAGAUAAUCUCUCAGAAGCUCAUCGAUCGGGAUGGAGAAUUAAAGUGCAUUGUACUUACAACCCAGGCCUAAUAACUCUGGUUUAAUCAGUAAUAAUUUUUGGGAUAUUCGUGUAGGGCAAAUCAUACAGAGACAGAAACGGUACACAGGCUACCUCCUUAGGCC